GCCCCUCGGUUUCCCCCGAGACCCCUAGCCUCCUAAGGCAGCUUCUGGGAGCCCCUCGGCCUCCCGGCCGCUCCCCCCGGGCCCUUCAGCCUUCCGGGCCUUUCCCCGGAGCCUCAGGCCUCCCCGGCCGCUGCCCCCGAGCUCUUCAUCCUCUCGCCUGUGCCCCGGGCCCCCCUCGGAGUCCCUGGGACUCGCGGCGACUCUCCCAGGCCGCGCUGGGCUCGGGGAGGGUGUCCUGGGAGGAUCAUCCCGGGGCUGGGAGCACACGUGGGGAUCCGGACGGCUGGAAGAGGUGCACGAGCGAUGAAGUCAUAAGGAAACGUCUCCUAAUUGAUGGAGAUGGUGCUGGAGAUGAUCGGAGAAUUAAUCUGCUGGUAAAGAGUUUCAUUAAAUGGUGCAACUCAGGAUCCCAAGAAGAAGGAUAUAGCCAGUACCAACGUAUGCUGAGCACAUUGUCUCAAUGUGAAUUUUCAAUGGGCAAAACAUUGUUGGUAUAUGAUAUGAAUCUAAGAGAAAUGGAAAAUUAUGAAAAAAUUUACAAAGAAAUAGAAUGCAGCAUUGCUGGAGCACAUGAAAAGAUUGCUGAGUGCAAAAAGCAAAUUCUUCAAGCAAAACGAAUACGAAAAAAUCGCCAAGAAUAUGAUGCUUUGGCAAAAGUGAUCCAGCAUCAUCCAGACAGGCAUGAAACAUUAAAGGAACUAGAGGCUCUAGGUAAAGAAUUAGAACAUCUCUCACAUAUUAAAGAAAGCGUUGAAGAUAAGCUGGAGUUGAGACGGAAACAGUUUCACGUUCUUCUUAGUACCAUCCAUGAACUUCAGCAAACACUGGAAAAUGAUGAAAAGCUGUCAGAGGUAGAAGAAGCUGAAGAAAUAAGCUUGGAAACAGAUCCUAAGCCGUAGAUAGGCUAAUCACUCAUCAUUCUUAAGAAUACUGAAACAGCUAUAUGAUCUUAAGUGUGUUUAAAAUAUGUUGUGCUCUUGAGAUAUUUAAAGUUUUGACAGUGAAAUAUUUUGCUUUUAAAUUUUCAUAUACAUUUCAUUCAUGUAUCUUUACAUAAGGGAAAAUGAUUUCAAUAUAGAUUUGUUUUUAUUGAAAUGCAUUUUUUAUUCUUAAGAGGUAGGAGGCAACAUCCAAAAAUGUUUAAUAAAAUAUUUUCAAACUG